AUACAUCAGCUAUUUUGAUGUCAACCUGUCACCCCGCCCCCUUUGACCAACGAGGAAUAUUAUUGGCCAAAAGAAACCCGGAAGUAAAGUGCAGUGUUUUCAAAGCAAGUUAUGCACAUGUUGGGAAUAUGGUCCGAUUCAAGUCAAGGUAUUUGCUACUCGAGCUUUGCGUCUCUGAACGGAGCAGUCUGCAGCUGUUGAAUGAGAAAGCCAUUAGCCAAACGUUGAAAGCAGCGGUGAACCGAGCACACGGAGACUACGGAACAGCGCACUUAAACAUAGGGGUGUUGGUGAAAUACCUGAAUGCCCUCACCGGAGUGGUCUUCAUACGCUGCAGGAAAUGGAACUAUCGACUCAUCUGGUCUGCCCUUCCUUUCAUCACCUGUCUUGAGAACAGAGGCCAGAAUGUACCGUGUUUCUUCAACUGUUUACAUGUUGGAGGGACGAUUAGAACUUGUCAGAAGUUUCUUGUUAAGUACAAUAAACAACAGCUCAACAGAAUGCUGCUGGACUGCAAAACGGAUGAUGAAAAACAAGAGGUUAGGAGAGCAAUCCUGAGCUGUUCCCUAGAUUAUCUUAGAGGGGAGGAAGCUCACGAAGACAGGAGUAAUGAUGAUGAUGAUGAAGAGAUCUAAAGCCCCUCAUAUAAAACUUUGUGUUUGUUGUGUAGGUCUUAAAGGCAUAAUGUUAACCAUGCAGUGAUCAGAUGUUCUGAUAUUUUAUUUUAUACAAUCGUUAUAGUACAUGGUUCAUCUGGAGCCCUAACAUUUCUGAUAAAAUAAAAAAUAUUUUUUGAAGCAUUUUUAAUUUCACACUGUAAGCGAUUUGUAAAUUGAGUAUAUCUUUACAUUACUGCUAUUAUUGUAUAAACUCUGGCCAUGUGUUGUGUAGGUCACGUGUAUAUCAUUUUUUUUCUUCUAUACUAAUUAAAACUAACUACUGUU